CAUUAUACAGGAGUAGGUCCACGGGACGACCGGAAAUCCCGAGGGUAAUUUCCUUGCCGAGCUCGUGGACAGGUCCGUGACCACUCCGACUCGAAUUUCGGUACAUCGGCAACGGGGUUCGCGGUCCCCGGAGCCGCGAGACGCUUGAAUCGAAGAAAAGAACGGAAGGAGAGGGAAAAGAAAGUAAGAAGAAGGGGAAUAAAGGAAACCGGGUGCCCUCGACCCGAGCCGGUCAGGCCCGAGGGACCGAGAGCGUCGCCGCGGAACUUUCCGCAGGGCGGUCCGACGAAUUUUGAGGGUAAUUUGCGAGGAGUCCGCGGAGUCGAGCAUCUCGAUUCUUUUCGCGGGCGAGAGGAGAAGCGCCCUGGAGAGGCUGAAAGAGCGAGAGGAAGAGCCGGCGUGCAUCCUUUGGGGGCCCGAAGGCCCAGUCUAAGUAACAGUACUUCUUUGGCUUCGGAGUAAGGAGCCCCUCUCCGAAGAACGGGACCCACACUCCUCGACUCCGCGCUCUCCCUCUUUCUCGCCGAGUCCCCGCUCGCGAAGCGGCUCGAGCGAGUCGAAGCGGUCCGGUCAGUCGUAGCCUCGGCCUGCCGCGACGUCGGGACGAGCAGCGAAUCCGAGCGCGUUCGGUGGAUACCUCGGAGCAGGAACGGCGAGGAGAGGACCCCGUAGGGGCGAGGUCACCGACAGGACGCGGUCGAACCAGGAAGGACUGCGGAACGGGGCCGUGGUGACCCUGGAACCAGUGGAGGCGGUACCUGGGAGUCGAACGUCCAGGUCUUUGUGAUUACCGUGUGACCCGUUCGGUCGUGAGAGCGAUUUGAAGGGAAUUUUUAGCCGAUGAGGAAUUAGGAACCGGUGGAAGAGGAAUCGAGGACGACGGAGUCGGUACCUGGUGUUGGCUGGACAUGGGAGUCGGACGUCCAGAUGUUCUUUGUGAUUACCGUGUGGCCCAUUCGGUCGUGAGAGUGAUUUGAAGCGGAUUUUUAGCCGUAGAUGCGGAUAAAGGAUCGUUUGCUGGUCUGUUCGGGAUAACCCAUCCUGCGGCAAAGGACCAAGUGGGUGAAGAGAAGAACUCUGAUGACGUUAAACACUCGCAAUCCUCCUGGGGUCCGUUCUUCAAAGGACGAUUCGAUUGCGAGGCUUAAAUGUUAACACGGGGAAGGUUUAGGGGUAAAAAGGAAACCGGCGAGGAUCUUUUCCGUAAAGUGGAGCAGCUACGGUGGGACUGGAGAACGGAAAGGGUAGUUGGUGCCAGGAAGACUGGUGGACUACGUCUUCCGUGUGAAGGUGUACUAUUAAGGGCGCUGAAUAGAACAGGCAUUCUCCCUAUGCGAAUGGGAAUUUAAAAAAACUUUCGAAUAAUGUUGCGCCAAAGAUAAGUACAACAUGUAGAGAGGAAUCAAUACUUGUGUACUAACGAAGACAGCGGAUACUUCCACAUCCGGCUUUCGAGCUCGAUGUGAAACAACCACGAAAGAACUCGAAAUCCUCGGAGAGGCAUCGACGAUGUAGAAUCGUCGUGUGAUUUGUCAUUCGAGUAUUCGAGUUUUGUUCCCCGUGGACGAGUCUCUUUGUUAAGAGUCUCUUUAUGGCAUACGUUACAGACGUAAACACAAGAAACACGUUGAAUACGAUAAAGGUACGGAAUACGAAAUCACGUCUUCGAGAGAAAGAAGGAUAAACGGAAAAGUUGAACUCGGUUAUCGCCGAUUAUCUUUGAUAAACAUUCGCUACGGCGCAGUCAAUUCUCUAUAGGUAGAUUAAUAAUAAGGCUGACUAACGGCAAAGUACUGUUUCUGGGCGAUUGAAUCGUCCUGGACUGAGAUUUCUUGAAGACCCAUUUUCAGUGAAAGGGUCGUUGCUGGAAAUCUACCGUCACUGCACAUUGAAAUUGGAGACGUGUCAUAAGACUGGCAGGAUCGAUAACAUAUAGAAACUCUAAGGAAUUCUAAAAAGAAGGAUCUCGAGUUAACCAGCGACGACUAAACCAGCCGUUUACCCACAGUCCACGAUAGAGGAGUUGCCAAGGGUACCUUGGCCGAAGAUCAGAGUUGUGCGCCCAUUGAGAGAAUCGGAGACUUUUCGAUACCUUGGGAGGAUUUCUUGCGGAGCAACAAGUGGCGACGAUGCGAACGGGCGUUUCGGGAUAGAAACGCCCAAAAUUGGUCACGUCUUUGGCCCAAACGUGACCAAAGGUCGGUGAAGUUCCAAACGUAAACCCGUCGAAAGUACGCGAGAAGUGGUUCUUCGCGAUCACCGACAGGAAAAUUCAUCGUUCAUAAAAUCUCCCCUCUCGGGAACUAAGCCAAAACGGAUUUGGCUGGUUAAACGAAACAGGGCCCAUACCAUACGAGACAUCGCGCCAAGGGGAAAUAGGAUGCGAAGGGCAGUCAUCGGCACCUCGGUGAUUCCUCUUGACGGUGCACGAAGGACUAGGUCAGUCCGGUCACGUGGUGACGAUUUGGACUUGGCGAUGGCGCAUCUCGAGUGGUCCGUCAACGAUUCGAAGUGAUCCCUCGAGCUGCGGCGCCACCUGCCGGGCUUUGGCGGAAAAACUCGGCCCUCGAUUGGCUCGUUCUCCCGUGUCCCCGAUGCCCCGGAAUCGCGAGUGCUCCGGCUGCGACCAAGAUAUCGCUCGGUGAUUCGUUAUCUCUCUUUCCCUCGCUGGGAACGAAAGAUUAGACUUUUCCGAGGUAGAUUAAACGUUCGACGGCCAGUUGGCCGCCAUUCGUAAACGCUCGCGGGCACUCGGUCUGCCCCGUUCGGGCCUCUCGGUAGUGCGAACGCUGUGAACGACCGUUGUGAUAAACGGGAGAUUGCUGGCUCUUUCUCCUUUGUUCGCUCUGUAUCUGCGAUCGCAUCGCCCUCGGACCGCGCCACGCCGUCACGUCGACCACAUGGAUAAGCUGUGAGGAGGAAGGACGCAGAGAUGAAGACCAUGCAGCGCGCCUUUAGCUUCGAGGAGACGUCGAUGGACAGCAGUCCUUUGGCUACGGUGACGGAAGGUCGAGUGAGCGACUCCUGCGGCGAGCCGAUCAAGGACUGCGACGUGGAAGUCACAUCCUUGGAGGAGGCGAAGUCAGUGAUAGCGGCCCUCAGAUCGAGACAAAGGGCGCAGGCGCACCAAAUGCUGGCCUGGAGAAGGACGCUCAAGUUGCAGGAGGACCUGGUCGGCCGACUAACGCGGGAGAAGGCCGAGCAACUGCGAACCCUUUCGUCGCAACUGCUUCUCUUCGAGUCGCGACUCUGCCGGAAGCAAAAAGAGAUCGAAGCUAGCCUGGCCCAGAGAGAGGCCAUCAUUCUGAGGCAACAGCGAGUGAUUCGCCAGCUACAGAGCAGACUAGCGGAGAGGACCACCAGUACCAGGGACUCGCCCCCGUGCGACGCUCUCGAUAGACUGGACAGCCUGGGCGACAGCGACAGUGCCGUCGUCCUCGAGGAAUCGACCGACGACCCGGCUCCUCCACGAUUCCGAUCGAACAUCACCGACGUGACCGUAAUUCGGUCCGUCUCCGAUGCCGUCGACCCCUCCAACAAAUACACCUCGAUAAGGAGGUGCAAUGGGUUCCUCAGGCGACCGGAAAUCUUGGAGACGGUGUACUCCGUGGAAGAGGACGCCGACAGCGAAAACAAUCAGGACCCUUCGGAAUCGACGGAGAACUCGGAGUAUGAGAGUAGGAAAAGUAAAUGCCCGGGUCCGGGCAAAGGCAGACUUCAGGAUCUCUACGGCAGCUUUGAGCGACUCGCCCAGGAAACGGAUUCCCAGCACAGCGAAAGGCCUAAAGACGAGAGUCAACAGGCGCAGGUGACCUAUAACAGGGUAAUGAGUAAUCACAGAUCAGUCACGAAACCAAAAGACGUUAAGUACAAGAGAAUAAACAAGGCGAAGUCAAAAAGCCUGGAGGAAUUGCGAGGACGGCUGAAAAACUGGGUGGAAAAGGGGAACAAGAUAGCUAUAUCACUGGAUCAAUCGUAUGCCUGAAAGAAAGAGAAAAAAUAGAAAGUACACCUAUAUAUAAAUAAAUUACAAACACACACACACAAAUUAUUUUUGUCAAGCGGACGUUGGGAGGUUCGCUGUGGUUAUCGAAUAGCUGUUUUAAUUGUAGCAUAAAGGAACUCGUCACCAAGAGAUGAUCCCCCGAUUUGGACAGGAUUAAUAUAUACAUUUUCAAUUGC